CCGAGGUCCCGGAUGUGUUCCGUGAAGAAUAGCUGGUCAGUUCACGUGUAUUAAACAAAACACGGACGGUUUGGUUGACAUGUUUGCAGUUUGAUGGUCACUGCGGAGAGCAACCGUGCAGCUCGGGCCCGUUAAAGACGUUUACCGUUUCCUGAACAUCACAAAGCUCAAUUAGAUACUGUCUGGAGAGAAAUGGCGGAGGGAGGCUUUGACCCUUGUGAGUGCAUCUGCACUCAGGAAUAUGCUAUGAGGCGCCUCAUCAACCUGCUCAGGCAAUCUCAGUCGUACUGCACAGACACAGAGUGCCCUCAGGAAUUGCCAGGUCCCAGUGGGCCAGUGGGUGGAGGAGGUGACCUGACCCUCCCCAUGGUUCUUAUGGGAUGGGUGGUGGUGGCUCUUGUCCUGUUUCUGCUGCGCCCAUCCAGUCUCAGGGGUGCCCGUCCUACAGGAAAACCCACUGGACCCCACAAUAACGAUAGAAGAGAGCCCCCAGCGCCACCUGUAGACUAGCACUGGAGUCUGACAACCGGCAAUCAUCCAUCUGCUCUGACUGGAGCUCCACAGUUACUUAGUAACUGUGACCAGGGCAGCGGCAUCUCCCUGUCAAUCUUCAUUCUCAUAUUAUUUUUUAUUUUUUCCUCUUCUAAUACUGCUGCAGAUCUGUCUUGAUACUAGAGCCCAACUGAUGCUGGAUUAAUGAGGCCAGUACAGAUGUGACAUUUGCUUUGAUAAUAUAGAGGUUAAUAAUCAUUUUCUUCCAUAAGCACAUAAUAUAAACACUAUCUGCAGUUAUUCUGCUUCUGCAUUUUCAUCAAAAGAUGUCAUGUAGAAUUUAAUUACUGAAUACUAUUUCAGCCACUAUUAGCAUAUCUGUUACACGUCAGCUAGCCUAUAUGCUACUACAAAGUGUCAUCUGAUGACAUUAGCACAUUUAUAUAUCAGUUGGGCUCUAUGUAACACUUGACCAAGUCUUAAACUACAGGGUGUGGCUUUGUUUGGAGUUCAUCCCUGAUCCCAGCUCUGGUGCUAACACAUCUGCAGAAACUCAGACGUGAACUCAAAAUGAAGGAACAUGUCACAUGUUUGGGGGAGAAGAGAAGGGGAAGCGAAGAAUUUCCGGGCCAAGUAGUUAAAUCGUUGUUCUGUACUUGCUGAGUAAUGAACGGUGGCGGGUUCUUCAGUUCUUUUCUGAAACAUUCCACUCUUUCCAUUUUAAAGUUCAAACUCUGAACAGUGCCGGUAAUGAUGUCAUAUCCUAUAAGGUCUUAAUGGCAUGUUCAAACCAGCAGAAUGACAGAAUUUAUUACAUUUAUUUGAUUAGGUUCCAUUCUGAAUUUGAAUAGGUUUUUAUUUACAGUAACUUUGUUUUAAUGCAGUGAAAUAGUUAUUUUAUGUUUACAUUCAGGCCUCAGUUAAAUCACAUACAUGCCGAAACCAGCAAAUAGAACAUGUUACUGUGGUGUUCGUGAUUGAGAUGGCAAUAUAUUUGCAACAAGUUACAGAGAGUUAUAAGAGUUAAUUUAGAAAAUGUGAGCAAAAUAUUUCAUGCACAGAAAACAGUGAUUUUCCUCAGUAAUAAAAGAUGCAAGUGAGUGUAAAAGAAUAUUAAAAGAUCUCAGAUUCGUUUCACAAAAUGAAAUGAAUUGCACGCUUGUGGAUGGGGACAAUAAACUCGACACAGACGAUAUCAGUUUGUCAUGUUAAGACAACUGUGUACUGUAAUUUUUGAUUACAGAAGAACAUUCUGUUGAGAAACAAACUUUAGUAGCCAAAUAGUGUAUUUUGUUAGUGUUUUGUUCAUUCCUUCCUGAAGGUCUGAUGCAGUGAUUCAGCUUUCUGAACAAUAAGAGCAAUCCAAAGUUUCUACUUCACAACUUCUAUAUUGUAGCAUGUCAAAUUGAUGAGUAGUGAAUAAUUGAAAGUGUGUUUUAACAGUGCCAAUGUGAAUUUGUGGCUCAGAAAUUUAGAGAACGUUUUGUGAAAAAUCAGCAAUAUGAGGUUAUUUUUAUUUUUCAUUUCUGAUGGAAAGAGGAGGAAGGAAUGGUCUGCAAUCUUGUUUUCUUAUCUUUCUUACAUGUAUCUUACUGCAAACAUUAUUCAGUCACAGCAUCCGUGUCUAUAAUACAGAAACACUGUUUCCAUUUUAGUUACCCACACAUAACAACAGAACCAUUCAACCCACAUAUUCCCAGAGCCACUGGCUGAACAAUCACACUGGGUCCUACAACCUCACUGGAUAACUGUAUGAAAAAAUAUCAAUAGAAAAAGGAAAUUAACAGUUUAUUAUCAGUAUGUGAUUUACCCUGCAAGGUUAUAUGCUUACAGGGUUCCUUGAUUAUUUACUUGCUCCAGCACUUUGCUAAGCAAAUGAUUAAUUUUACAUCAAAUUAAUGUUAGAAGAGACGUAUCACCUCUAACAAAGGUUGUAUGAAUAAUCUGUGACCAGAAAAAGAUGAACCAGUAAAAUGACAAGUCAUGUUUGUUUCCUUAACACACACAAGGAAUCAACCCUCUUAAAAUAAUUUUUUAAAAAAAUAGGGAAGAUGGAUGUUAUUUGUGUCUGUUGUUCCUGUUAGAUUACAUUACACAACAGAAUUUUGUUUUCCGAGUGUCAUAUGUGAACAUCUAUAUUGUGCAUUACUCUAGAAAUGUGUUAGGAGUCCUUCUUUAGCAAAUAGCAAAAGUUUAAAACCAUGACAUGAUCUGGGACAUCUGUGGGCCAAGUUCAUCUUCAUUGCCAUAUCAGCAAAUGUUCUCUGAAUGUUUUGUACUUUCUAGAGUGUGGGUGAUGGCAGGGUAGAGCUUAAAGAAGGAAAGUGUUGUGUAAACCAUUCAUGUUGUAUAUAAUGCAGUGGGGAAGCUGUACUAGAUCACGGAGAAGAGCAAGUGGACUGUCUGCUAUCACAGGAGACCUCAAUUUACACUGUUAUUGUCUAAGAGUAAAAGGGCUUCAACUAUGCACUUUUCCUACAACAAAAGAAAAAAUAAAAGACUUUAGUCUCA